AUGGAUUCUCCGCCUCGAAAGUCCCCAGCAGGAGUUCCAUUUGCUUAUGCCGUUCAACUAAGCGACGAUCUGGACAGGUCACCUGAGAGUCUCCCAGGCUACCCCCGCAUUAAGACAAACGACACUCAGGGUCUUUACGAAUUUAUCCACAAGGAGCUCUGGUCCUCCGACUUGGAGACGAUGGCGAACAGACUUUGGUGGAUGUCAAAGGAAGACGGCAGCAACAUCUCACCUCUGCAUCGACAGUUAGUCAAAGGGCGAGAGAUCAUUGUGACAGAAGAUGCGAAGCUUCAUCUUGUUUGGAUUCAGAAUCGUAUUUUCAUCAAGCCACUUCCGCGCUUCCUCACAUCUCAUACCUUCUGGCGCGGCUUUCUGGCUGAUGCUUCCCAACACCCGCAUGUUGUGCCGAUUCGAAAGGCUGCAUUGGGCUUUCUGCGCACCUAUUUCUAUCUUAUCAAAUACGAGUCCGACUUUCGCAUCGCAAAGAGUGAAAAUCUCCGACUCGUCUGUGAGAACGUUACUUGGGAACAGUUCUGUUAUUUUUCGAUUAAUUUUUUGAACAUCUCAGACGCUGAAGUCUCUGGACGAUAUUCCUAUGGGGAAAUCAGACUGACACGAUUGAACUACUACGCCCCGCUUUUGAUCUCCAAGACGCAUUUUCAAAAGGUCGAAUACCAGUACAAAGAUUAUUUUGCCCAAUUCCAAGGACCCAUCUUGUUUACUUUUGCUAUUCUUUCUAUCCUUCUGAAUUCCAUGCAAGUCAACCUGACAGCCCCUGACAUGGACGACACACUUAACAGCAUGAUUCUUACCCGCCUUUUCUAUUGGUCCAGCACCCUCAUUGCCGUGUUCACCUGCUUGAUGUCUAUAUUUUUAAUCGGCCUUUUUCUUUUCAAGAUUGGAAGAGAGUGGACCUUUGCAAUACGAAAUAGACGUCAUAAGAAGAAGAAUAAUCGCAGGGGAGUUCUCAAGGUGAUUGCCUCGAAUGACCAAGCAUAG